AUGGAAGAGAUAGAGAGCAAAAUUGCUCACUUCCUCUCAUUCGUUAAAAAAAAAAUUUUGAUGCAUCACGAAUUGUGAAUAUUUUUUGAAGGAACUAGUUUAAUUAAUAAAUAGCCACGGAUACCAGCUGCCUGAAAUUUAACAGAAUUAGCUUGAGUUUUUUAUUAAAAAUGAUUAUUAAUAUGUUUAAGAUAUUAUAUUAAAAAUUUCUGUAUAUAAAAUCAUUUUCCCAAAUAUAUUCGCAAUAUGCUUCUCAUACGUACAAAGGGAGUCAGCUUCUUAAUGGCAGAGCAAUUACUGAGAAUGAAAUCAAAAGUCUUUGUGAUAAAUGUAAAGAAAUUCUUAUUAAAGAAAGUAAUGUAGCUUUUGUUAGAGCCCCAGUUAUCGUGUGUGGAGAUUUUCAUGGACAACUUAACAAUCUAAUAGAAAUUUUUAAUAUGAAAGGACAUAUUCCAACUAAAAACUACUUAUUCAUAGGAGAUUAUGUAGAUCGAGGAAGAAAUUCAGUUGAAUUGAUAUCUCUAUUAAUAGCUUUAAAAAUCCGAUAUCCAGAUUGUAUCAUGCUCACCAGAGGAAAUCAUGAAUCACGCUCAAUAUCAAGAUGAUAUGGCUUUUAUGAUGAAUGCUUACAUAAAUAUCACUCGGCUUCUGUUUGAAAUUUUUUUACUGAUUUAUUUGAUUAUUUUCCUUUAGCUGGAAUUAUAGAGGGCAAAAUCUUUGGCAUUCAUGGAGGGCUUUCUCCAUCUUGUGAAACAUUAGAAGAUAUCAAUAAUUUAAAUAGAAUUAAGGAUAUUGAAGAAGGAGCAAUUUGUGAUUUAUUAUAUUCAGGUCCUGAUGAAAGAAGUGGAUGAGGAAUGAGCAGCAGAAUUGGCAAGACUUUUGGGCAAGAUAUAUCUCAAGAGUUCAAUCACAGAAAUAAGUUAGAGUUUAUUGUGAGAGCUCAUGAAGUUGUGAUGGAAGGAUAUAAGUGGUCUCAUGAAAACAACGUACUGACUAUUUUUUCUGCAUCAAAUUAUUGCUCUUUGUUUGGAAAUCAAGGUGGGAUCGUUGAAAUUGAUGAAAACCUUAAUCAUAACUGCAUUCGGUUUGGCCCGCUAUAA